AUGGACCUGAUAUUCCGCUCCGCAACAACAUCCAUUCUCGGAUCUGCACUUUUCUCAAUUCAGGCCAAGGAAGCUAUCGUUCGUGGCAAGUUUGUCUCUAGUAGGGUCAAAUGGUUUUAUCUAGGGAAAUUUUCAGUGAAUGUAGAGGACGUUACCCGGCAACUCACAAAGCAGGAUGUAAGCCCAAUCGUCUGUGACGCCGUACCAGAGGUUCGGAUGAUGUUCACAUUCGACUGGUCAUCUCUUCGCCAGGAGCCCACCCUCGAGACUACUAACCUUGACCGACCGUAUCCUUUCAAGCCCUCUGGGACUGUAGAAAGUCUGGAAGUGCUCAUUGAUCCUCAAAACAGCAGCGUCGUGGAUCAUACUUCAUCGCGUGAGUGGAAGGGAUUCGUGCUUCUUCGGGGCUCAAGUCGCAUAUAUGCCCAGGGCGUGAAGUCGACCGUGGAACUUGCACUUUCCGGGAGCAUUAAUAUGUUCGUCCCAAAGCCGGCAUUCUAUGUGCGGAAGUCGAUCGGAAGGCAGCCGUUCUUCGAGCGGGACAAGACCAAGCAAAAUCUUUGCAGGAAGCGUGGUGAAUCGAUACUUGACGAAGCUCUUUGCCACUUCAGCAUUCGGUCUGGCAGCGUGGGAUGGCAUUCAUCACAAAACUUAAGUGGGAUCAAACACUAUACAAUCAGAGGGUUCAACGUGGCAGGAGCUAUGGUUUUCAUGGCAGAGUUGUCGAACAGGGGAGUGGAUAGUGCGGCAUGGAUCUAUAGGGUCAAUCAAACGUCCAUAACCUUCAAAACUCACAACUAUGAAAGGGUGCUAGUUACUAGCAAGUCUUGGUAUUGUCCUGAAAGCGCAUGA